UAAAGACUAUAAGUCUGCAUGGCAGAAAAGAAGACAAAUGACACAGAACAUUUGUGGUCUAAGCUUUCUGAAUCAGCAUGCAAGUUUUAGUAGAGUUAUAGAACAACAUUGGGAAUAGAUACCAGAAUCAAGACUACAUCGUCAUAUUAGAAUCUCCUGACUAACAGUUUUGAGGCUGUUGUGUCAUCUGCUAAUUCAUUGAAAUGCUACAGUCUAACCAACAUCUGAAACCAGAAUAGGUCUCCAGAGCCUGUUUUUCCACAGGAGAAAUCUUUCAUUUUUGAGCAAACACGCUACUUUCUCAAAAAACAAGAUUGCAGACUCUGGAAAGAGAUGAAGAUGGAAACUGCACUCUGGUGGCAGAAUUCAUUCUCUUGGGGUUCUCAGAAUCUCCGGAGCAGGACCCUCCACUGUUUGCUGUCUUUCUCACGAUCUACAUUACCACCCUGAUGGGGAAUCUGGGAAUGAUUAUAUUAAUCAGGAUCAGCGCUCAGCUUCAUACCCCCAUGUACUUUUUCCUAUGCAGUUUGUCUGCGGCUGACAUCUGUUAUUCCUCAGUUAUCACCCCUUGGAUGCUAAUGAGUUUUCUAACAGGUUACAAAUCAAUUUCCUUUGGUGCAUGCUUUGCUCAGCUCUACUUUUUUGUGGCCUUGGUGUGCACAGAAUGUUUCCUGCUGGCCACAAUGGCCUAUGAUCGUUAUAUAGCCAUCUGUAAUCCCUUGCUCUAUUCUACAAUUAUGUCACAAAACAUCUGCGUCACAUUGGUUGCUGGUUCGUGUUUCCUCGGCCUGACAAAUGCCAUGCUAACAGUAUACUUUUUAAGCAGCUUACAUUUCUGCGACUCUAACAUCAUCAGGCAUUUCUUCUGUGACACUCCUCCCCUAAUAGCACUUGCCUCAGAUCACCAUGUCACUGAAAUGAUCAUAUCACUUCUGGCUGGGUAUACCACCCUUGCAUCCUUGGUCAUCAUUCUCCUAUCUUACACCUUAAUUCUCUCCGCCAUCCUGAAGAUCCGUUCUGCUCAAGGCAGGCGUAAGGCCUUUUCUACUUGCACAUCUCACCUGACAGCGGUCUCAGUCUUCUAUGGAACUCUGAUAUUUACCUACCUUCGCCCAAAUACCAGCUACUCAUUGGGCCAAGAUCAAGUGGCCUCUGUCUUCUACACAGUGGUGGUGCCUAUGCUGAACCCUAUGAUCUAUUCUCUCAGAAACAAGGAGGUGAAAGAGGCUUUCAAAAAAUCAGUUGGAAUGAAAUGGGUUUGAGGAUGAAUGUGUAACUACUUCAAUGAUAAUAGCAAAUAACAAAAAUUGAAAUAAUUACAAAUACAAAAAUGAAAUGACAAGAGAAUUUAUAAUAUUAUAUUAUUUUCUUUAUGUUGUUAACUGGUGAGCAUGGCCUCCAAUUCUCACACGUAUCUCAUUUGUUUAAAAGAUAACCAUUAAACUGGGCUUUGCAAAACCAUUGAUCUACCUUCAGUGUUGUGAAACAUUUCCUGUUAACUAUAACUUGAAGGGCUGAGAAAGCCUUUAACCAUGGAAGCUCUCAGUUCCCAAAGUACUGUAAAGUUUGACAGCAGGAUUAUUUUUCAUAAUGGAAUUUUCAGGAGGAUGGUAUUCUCCUGUGGUUUUUUUAAUUUGAGAAUUAUAUGAGAGUAUACUUAUGUAUGUAUACUCAUACAUCUUGCUUAACUUAACUGUCUCCAAAUUAAAAAUGGACCAGAAGUUCUUACCCUAAUCACUGCUGUUAUCAGAGAGCCUUUGUAACCACCAAGUUAAAAACAACACAUCCUGCAGUUCCCAAUCAGACCAAAAUUGUACACCCAUGCUUUGUUUCAUGCAUAGCAGAUUGUCUCAUGAUAGGAUGGUCUAGAAAUCUCUAAAAUAAGUAAUCCUACUAAAUAAUCAAGUGUGUUUUUAUUUCUUUAGGUUCUAAAUUAUCCUCCAGAUCUCAAGCAGUUUUCUUCAUGUUUUAAAAAUGUCCUUUAUUUGAUUUAACCGAAGAAAAAGAAAAAGCCACAGUGUGCAUAUUGAUAUUGUGUAUGUGUAUUUGCACAAAGGUUAGAUUAAAGAAUUAUUGUUCAAUCAAUCAGAAUAGAGUUGGAAGGGACCUUGGCUUCUAGUCCAACCCCCUGCUCAAGCAGGAGACUCUAUACCAUCUCAGAUAGGUGGAUAUCUAGUCUCUUCUUAAAAACCUCCAGUGAUGAAGCACCUACAACUUCUGACAGCAAGCUGAUCCACUGGUUAAUUGUCCUCACUGUUAAGAAAUUUCUCCUUAAUUCCAGAUUGCUUGUAUUUCAUUAUAAUGGUUCCUAUCUAAUCUUAUUCAUAAAUUGUAAGUAAUACCAACUGUUAAGUUCAUUGAGCAAUUGAGACCAUAAAUUUAUCUUUCCAAUGCUGAAGAACAUUUAUUUAUUUA